CAGAGGUCAAUGUAACUGCUGUAACUGUGACUUCGGCAUUUCCAUUAUAAUUUUGUAAAUAAACAAAUAACAAUUGCAUGCUUUUAUAGCAUUCACACUAAAUUUUUGUUUUAUUUCAGUACAAUAAAUUACCGAAUUCAUCCAAUUAUGAUAACCUCCAAAGUUUUUGUAAAGAAAACUAAAAGAGGAUCGGUUGUAAAAGGUAUUCGAGAACAUUAUCUCCGUGAUGACAUUUUAUGUGGUUCAGCUUUAUGUUCUGAAUGUUCUCAGAAAAAUGCAUGUUUGGAAGCUGAGCCAUUAAGCAUCAGUGAUUUAUGCUCAGACCCUCAUUAUAUUAUACCUGACACUAAUGUUGUCAUGCAUCAGAUUGAUGUUCUAACUGAAACUGUUUUUAAAAAUGUUAUUAUUUUACAAACUGUUUUGGAAGAAAUUAGACAUCGGCACUCACCUGCUUACAAUAGAAUUAGAGAAGUCAUAUCUAAUGCUGAUCGACAUUUUUAUGCUUUUACAAAUGAGCACCAUAGAGAUACUUACACUGAAAGAAAACCUGGUGAAACACCUAAUGACCGAAAUGACAGAUCAAUACGGUUAGCUGCAAAAUGGUAUCAGGAUCAUUUAAAACCUUCAGAUGCCAACCUUAAAGUCAUCCUACUGACUAAUGAUAAAGAAAACUCAAUAAAAGCGGAAAAAGAUGGCAUAUUAGUGUAUACUUUUUCAGAAUAUGUGAAAAGCAUGAAAGAAUAUCCUUCACUAGUGGACAAAUUGGCACAGAUAAAUAUGCAUUCAAAUCAUUCAGGGCCAGAAUUUCGAACUGGUAAGAAAGCUUACAUUUAUCCUGAGCAUUGGAAGUUAUCACAAAUUCAAGAUAGUUUAAAAUCUGGAACAGUUGUGCAGGGAAAAUUCCAAGCCAGUAGGGAAAAUUAUCUUGAAGGAUAUGUUUUUGUUGGUGGUGAUGAUGAUUCAGAUGGAAAAUCGAUUUUUAUACAGAGUCUAAAGCACUUGAACCGAGUCGUUCAUGGUGAUGUGGUCGCUGUCCAAAUUCUUCCUGAAGAUCAGUGGACUUGCCCAUCAUCUCUUGUAUUAGAGGACAAAACAAAAAGUCCAGAUAUUGAAAAAGAUCCUGAGGAAGAAAAGAUCUUGAAGAAGAAAAAAUCUAGCCUUAAAAUUAUGUCUGGUGCUAUUAUUGGAAUUAUCAAACGAAACUGGAGACCUUAUUGUGGAAUACUUCAGCCUCCUUCUAUAAAACAAACCACACAUUAUCUUUUUGUUCCUUCGGAGCGAAGGAUACCAAAAAUUCGAAUUGAAACUCGCCAAGGCGAAAAACUUUUGUCAAAAAGAAUCAUAGUUUCUAUUGAUGGCUGGCCAAGAGAUUCAAGAUAUCCCCAAGGGCAUUUUGUUCAAUGUCUUGGUGAUCUUGGAGAAAAAGACACUGAAAAUCAAGUACUUCUUUUGGAGCAUGACAUUCCUCACCAACCAUUCUCAAAAGCAGUACUUGAUUGCUUACCAAAAUUACCCUGGAUCAUAACAGAUGCUGAUGUUGCAGUUCGAAGAGAUCUCCGAGAUAUAACCAUUUGCAGUGUUGAUCCACCUGGAUGCACUGACAUUGAUGAUGCCCUGCACUGCAGGCAACUUGAAAAUGGUAAUUUUGAGGUGGGUGUACAUAUAGCUGAUGUUUCUCAUUUUAUUAGACCAGGAACAGCUAUUGAUAACGAGGCAGCAAUGAGAGGAACAACUGUUUACUUAGUUGAUAAGAGAAUUGAUAUGGUUCCUGAGCUAUUGAGUUCGAAUUUAUGUUCUUUAAGAGGCAACGAAGAGAGGUUUGCCUUUACUGUGAUUUGGGAAAUGACACCAGAGGCUAAAAUACUUCGAACUACAUUUUUCAAAUCUAUUAUCAAGUCAAAGGCUGCACUUACCUAUGCUGAAGCCCAAAUGCGAAUUGAUGACCAGUCUUUAAAUGAUGAUCUCACAUUAAGUCUGAGGGGAUUGAAUCGCCUGGCUAAAAUUCUUAAAAAGCAAAGAAUUGACAAUGGAGCCUUAUCCCUUGCAUCCACUGAAGUCAGAUUUGCAAUGGACACUGAAACUCACGAUCCCAUAGAUGUUGAGAAGAAAGAGUUAAAGGAAACAAACUCAAUGGUUGAAGAAUUUAUGUUAUUAGCAAACAUAUCUACAGCGAAAAGAAUACUUGAAGAGUUCCCAGAUUGUGCUCUUCUAAGGAGGCAUCCCGCACCCGCUCUAGCUAAUUUUGAACCACUCAUCCGUGCUGGCCAAUCAAAAGGUUUUGAUAUCAAAGUUGAUUGUGCCAAGGAUCUGGCUGUGUCCUUAGAUACUGCCUCUGUAUCAGAUAAUCCUUAUUUUAAUGUGAUGUUGCGAAUGGUAGCCACACGAUGUAUGGCACAGGCAUUGUAUUUUAGUAGUGGAGUUCUACCUCAGUCUGAGUACUUCCAUUAUGGUCUGGCUGUUCAAAUCUAUACUCAUUUUACUUCUCCUAUAAGAAGAUACUCUGAUGUGAUUGUCCAUCGUCUACUUGCUGUAGCAAUUGGAGCUGAUGUAACCUAUCCAGAUCUUGUUGACAAAAAGAAAACACAGGAGCUAUGUAAUAACUUAAAUUAUCGUCAUAAGCAAGCCCAGUAUUGUGGUAGAUCAUCAGUAAAUCUCUAUACGCAUAUCUUUUUCAAAGACAAAACUGUUGAAGAGGAAGGUUACAUUUUAUUUAUUCGAGAAAAUGCUUUGCAAAUACUUCUACCUCGUUUUGGACUUGAAUGUACACUGUAUUUAAGUUCAACAAAUAAAUCAGAUGAUGAAGUUGUUUUUGAAUAUGAUGAAAACGCACCCUCACAAACUGCUGUUGGAGUUUCUCUCAGACAAUUUGAUCCUGUGACUGUCCAACUUCACAUUGACAGAACUAACGUUCAGCAUCAAAAGACCAUUCUAAAACUUGUAAAGCCUCAUAUUCCUGGUUUUAGCGUGCCUCCUUUAACAAGUGAACCCCCUUCCAAGAAGAAAAAAACGGUGUAAAAUAUUUUUAAAAUAAAAUAAACAUAUUUUUAAUAAAAA